UUUGGUACAAAAUGACGUCACGAGCGGAACCAAAAUGGCGAACAUAGUGACAAGUAAAUGACAAUGAAUGAAAAGAAAAGACGAAUAUAACUAUGUGACGAAUUCCUGAAAUAUGUUUCACUGUGACAUACUUCUAUACAAUCAUGGGUAAAUCUUGACGAUAAUUGUGGCACCAGAGCCCCCAUGGAUCGCGUUCGACAGUUACUGAGCGCCUGUGAGCACGGGGAAGCUCCCGUUGUGCAAACUUUGUUGGAUGAGGGUACAGAUGUUGAUUGUGAGGACGACGAGGCUGAGAUUACACCGCUUCAGACGGCUGCAGCAAAUGGACAUGAUCACAUAGUUCGGCUGUUACUAAUGCGGGGAGCUGCCCUUAACAAGGCCAACAGUUAUGGCUGGACCCCAUUAAUGCAUGCCUCUAGAAACGGUCAUCCCAUUAUUGUGGCAACAUUGCUUCAGCAACGCCAAGCUGAUAUCAAUGCAGUCACUGGUCUCGGUGCCUCCGCUCUCACAUUUGCUGCUAGAGGUGGCCACAUCCAGGUGGUGCGGCAGUUAGUGGAGGCUGGAAUAGAGUUGACUUUGUCUGGUGGUGCUAAUGAGUGCGAUUUUACACCACUUCUGGCUGCGGCCCUUUACGGCCAUGACGCAGUGUUGCGUUUUCUAUUGGAUCGCGGUUGUGAUGUGAACUUUAGGACGUCUACGUCCGGCUUGACACCACUGAUGGUGGCAGCCCUGAAUGGACACAUGAAGACAGCCCAGAUUCUAGUGGAGAGAGGAGCGGAUCCCAAUGUGACAAAUGCUGACAAUAGGACAGCACUAGAUAUUGCCACGAUGAGAAUGAAGAGAGAAGUAGCUGCCUAUUUAGAUAGAAAAACAACUAACAAACCAGAAAGGGCUGCUGAAGAAAAGAAGCCAGACAUUAUAGAAGCAAUGAAGUUUGGAGACAUAAAGAGAAUACGUGCCAUACUGGACCAAGAUCUAAGUCAGAGAGAUGCCUGUUCCCCGGAGGAGGGUGCCACUCCCCUUAUGUUUGCAGCCAUGGCUGGACAGCUAGACAUUGCCCAGCUGCUGGUUGAGAGGGGCUGUGACAUGGACAAACAGGACAGGAUCAGUGGAUGGACAGCUCUAAUGCAGGCCACGUAUCAUGGGAAGAGACCAGUGGCAUUGUAUCUGAUAGAGAAAGGGGCUGAUGUGACAAUCCAGGCCAAAAAUGGGUGCACUGCAUUUGACAUGGCUUCUCUCAUAGAUGAUGUGGACACAGACUUGCUCCGACUUCUGGCUGCCAAAGCCAUGACUGUCAACAAAGUAGACAAAUCAAAGAAGCACUGGUCCAAACAAAAUGGUGUGUCAGUGUCCGCCUCCACUGAUGUCAGCAUUGAUGAUACGCAAAAAAGUGGGCUGCGGGGUUGGUUGAGUAGAUUGUCCAAUCGUUUCCGUAAUAUCAAGAAGAUUAAUGUCACAAACCGACUGGCCCCUAUGCCUACAUUGGAAACCUCUAAAUCUGUCCAGGAUUUAACUGUCAAAAACAAUUCUAGUCCCACUGUGCCAAAGAAAAUGAACAACUUUGUUGAUCCAAUACAAACUUUGCCAGUUACUAACUAUGGAACCAUGACCAUGGAGAACAAACAGAGUGCCUCCCGCUACACUCUGGACAUCAACCCCAUAAAAUCCAACACUACGAGUGAUACACUGAAGCCUGUUAUCCCCCCAUUUCUGCCACAGCCUAGCUUUGCAAUAGACGAGUCCACCCCUGGCCGUAGGUCCAUGAGUACUGCAGGCUCGGACACUGCUUCUACUAUCAUGCCUUCACCAAUCCGUCCAAUGAUGAAGCCAAUGAAGUUCAUGCCCCAAAAGUCCACCACCCUAAGCUCCAGUCCUGUCAGUCCGUCCAGCUCAGCUCAGCUGUCUAAUGGCAACAGUAACCAUAGCAACCCUAGUCCAGGCUCCUCAGGUGAUUACCAGCAGAACGGUUUCUUCUGGAGUCAGUCCAGUAAGUCUCCGUCCAUGUUUGCCCCUAGGACGACCCCUCAGAAGCCGUUCUACAUGAACAGAAAACCAGCGUCAGUGCCUGCCACAUUUAAAACCACAUCCAACACCACCUCUCCCAACAGCUCCACCAGCGGUAGUUCAUCCAUCACACCUCAGCGAUCACACGGGAGGAGUGCAUCAUCCAAAGGCAGUACCACAUCAACCCUCACCCCCUCCCCCUCUCCCACACCUGGCAAGUAUGGAGAAGACCCCAAUCGUGUUCUGAGUUCUCUUCAUGAAAAUGACGGCUCUACUGAUGAGCUGUCUGGAAUUCUGAAGAAACUAUCUCUGGAAAAGUACCAGCCAAUAUUUGAGGAACAAGAGGUGGACAUGGAGGCAUUCCUAACACUGACAGACACAGACCUGAAUGAGCUCGGGAUCACUCAGAAUCAGGCCAAGAGCCAGAUCCUGACAGCUAUCACUGAACUCAAUACCGGAAAGGGUAAAGACAGACAGCAGUUUAUUGAUACCAUGACUUCAUUCCAAACAACUCUAAAGGCAAGAUCUACUGACAGUCAGUCAAGUCUCUCCUCAAGGUACCAGUGGAGAGAACCCAGUGAGCUUGGAAAUUCUUGACAGACAGGUGUCAAUCUUGCAGGUACAUGUAUUACUUACAAACCCUCUGCAGUUACUGUACAUUAAAUGUACACAACAGGCACCUGCUGAUGUAGUGAAGAACAAACGACCGAUCACUGGACAAUUUGUCACCAUCACCAUUGCCAAGAUCCAUUUGAUAUUUGACGUAACUAAACUGUCAGAGUCAGGGCUGUUAUACAUGUAACUUCUGGGAUGGUGUAUAUGUAACUUCUGGGCUGUUACACAUGUAACUACUGAGCUGUUACUCAUGUAACUACUGGGCUGUUAUGUACAUGUAACUACUGGGAUGUUGUACAUGUAACUUCUGGGCUGUUAUACAUGUAACUACUGGGCUGUUGUACAUGUAACUACUGGAUGUUACACAUGUAACUACUGUGCUGUUAUACAUUUAACUACAGGUAUGUUUCACAUGUAACUACUGGGUUGUUAUAUAUGUAUAACUACUGGACUGUUAUACAUGUAACUUCUGGGCUGUUACAUAUAUAGGUAACUACUGGGCUGUUACAUAUGUAACUACUGGGCUGUUACACAUGUAACUACUGGGCUGUUAUACAUGUAACUACUGGGUUGUUAUAUAUGUAUAACUACUGGACUGUUAUACAUGUAACUUCUGGGCUGUUACAUAUAUAGGUAACUACUGGGCUGUUACAUAUGUAACUACUGGGAUGUUACACAUGUAACUACUGGGCUGUUAUACAUGUAACUACUGGGUUGUUAUUAUAUAUGUAACUACUGGGCUGUUAUACAUGUGACUACUGGGCUUUCAGUGUACACAUUGUGUAUUUGUGCAGUGUCACUUAGACACACCACAUUGGAUGAGUGUGGCUUUUGUUCUCUGCCAGAUAUCAGCUAUAUCCAAGUAAACUAGAGCUGAAAAUUAUGAUUUUGAUACUUACAUACAUGUCUUUGCAUGUCAGUUUAUGAGAUUUGAAGCAAUAUGCACAGAUUUUUUGUAUUAUGCAUUGUCAUGGAAAGUCAUACACAUGAAUUUUAUGGCUGUUUUACACAAAAAUGAAUUAUAUUUGAGGUGUUUUCAGAGGAAUAAUUUUCAGCAAAAUCAUUUCAGGAAAAUUUUGCCUAUGUGUGAUAUUUUGACAUGAUUUGAAAAUGAAUUAUUUAUAAUUAUUAAAUAUUUAAAAUGUUUAUAUCCAAUGUAUGCAAUACAUUAUAAUCAUGUGUGCAUUUAGUUUGUGUUAUGAUUAUUUUUUAUGUUGCUGAAGAGCAAGAAAUAUGUAUUAAGGUAGUACAAAACACAGUGAAAUAAGUUAUAACAUCAAGUAUGGCAAUUUUGCAUCAUUUCAACUUGAAAUCUCCAAGAUGUCCUAAACAUAGCCAUUGUUCAAUAUUUUCCUUCCAUAAACAACAUUUUGAUCUUUGUUACAUAUCAAUCAUUCUUUUGAGUUUUUGUCAUAUCUUAAGUUUGGCAUUCUGUAUUUACUUCUGAAUUUGCAAUUUUGCAGCUAAAUGUAUAUGUGUUCUAUUUUUACAUCACAGUUUACUCAAAUAUUUUGGUUUUAAUGAUAUAUUUUGCUGAGUUUUUUUUAUACCAACAGGUUAUUUUUAUUCUAUUGAACUCAUGAAAAAAAAAAUUAUAACAGAGAACAAAAUAUCGUAGUUUAAAAAGAUGGAUUCAAGGAAAAAUGUUAGCCUAUGUGUUUUAUACUACCUUAUUACCGGUACAUGAAUAUGUAGUAUUAAAUCUGUUGGAACAGAUGUGUUAACUUUUUUUAGACAGAAUCUUUUAUUUACAUUAAUGCAAAGUGCUUGAUUUUUUUCUUUUGAUUUUAUUUAUUUUUGACUUUGUGUUCAUUUUGUUGUCAUGUUUACAACAAUUCAGUGAUAAGCUUUUUAUGAUUUUUUUUUACAUGCAUACCUAUUUGUUUUAAAUCCAUGAAUCAAACUGCUGUGUAGAUCGAUUUUUUAAUGAUUGUAUUUGUCCAUUUAUAUCAUUAUACAUUUGUUUUUAUAAGUUUUGACACAUCUUUUGUAUAAAGUAUUAUGUUGCCUUAGAUUCUAAUGUUUAUAUACAUAUAUUCUAGUUGCAUUUAAAUUGUGUUGUUUGAAGAUUUGCCUUUAAAUGCCAAAAUAUCUCCAUGUAAUAGGGUACUUUAGGUAGAAUCAAUUCAACAUCUGCAAUACAUUUAUGAUGAUCCUUAAAUUCUUUUUUGAAAUCCAUUGAAACAAAGAUGAAGGUCCCAUGAAUCUCGAUAUACCAAUAUUGUAAAAAACAAGCAUCAAAGAGAGAAACCAAAUGGUUGUUUUCCUACAUAUAUGUAAGCUCCCUUUAAAUAUGAAGUCAUUUCUUUUAAUUUAGUGACACUUAAAGAAUCAAGAGCUAUAACAACUAAAUUAUUAUUGGUGAUUUGUUGAACUGCUGAGUUUUCAUGUGUCAAUUUGUUUUAUGAAAUAUUGGAUUGUCACCCUUGGUUAAUGAAAUUCAUUUUUUCAUGACUGUUUUUUCAUGAACUAUGAUGAAGGCAUUUUAGAUCAUUGCACAGAAUAGGGUAAAACAAUGGAUUUAAUGUUAGAAAAUGAAAAGAAUUUUCAUCUCUUAAAAUACAAAAACUUAUAUUUUUAACUUGAAUAAUUUGGAUUUGUCUUGUAAAUUAUUUGAUUUGUCUCAAAGAGAAUCAAAUUGUUAGAUCUAAUUCUGUCAAAGAAACAUGUAUCACUCUACAACAUGAUCAGCAGUGUUUGUAUGUACAUGUAUAUUACAGUAUUUAUGUUGCACUCAAUAUUUGCAAAGAUUUCAUAACUGAGUUUACAGCCAAAAGUAAAGCAUCUUGUAUUGACAGAUUAUUGUUAUCAAUUGUGCUAUAUGUAUUUGGUGGUCACAAUUAAAACACUUGUACAAGUCAAUCUGAACCGUCCUUUCUUCUCUAGUGCGCCAUAAGAUUGUGAUAAUGGCACCAUGUGAUAAUUUUGUUUGUAACAUAAAGCUUUUGUAAAUGAUUGUUGAAAUAUAUUUGUAUUUAUAAGAAUUAUGUUGAAAUACAUGUAUAAGUAAUAUAUUCUUUGUUCCAAGUACAUGUACUAGUAUUUUUCUUCAAACAACAUGUCUAAAACAGUGGGAAUUUAAUUAUUUGUACCAUUAUAUGACAUUUUGACAAAGCCAAUACUCUUGUGCUAUUAUAGUGCAUUUUGGUCAUCAUGGAUGUUCUACGCAAACACAAUAUAUGUCAAAUAUCACCUAUCUGUGUGUAAACAAUCAAUAAAUUAUGAAUGAAUUGA